AUGAUGCCUUUAAGACCUUCAAAAAGCGCCCUGCGCGCAUUCCACAUCCAGAGACAGCUUGCUGGACGUCGACCUUUUUCGACGUCGUUUGUGGCUUCGGCCGCUUCGCCCCACCGCUCCUCUGUCCAGAAGCGCACCCAGAGCACAGCUACAGCUUCAACUCCGGAGUCCAGACCUGUGCCCAGUCCGGCAUUCAACCAGGAGCCCCAUCGCAAUGAGAUCUCUCCCUUGCAACACCGCCAGCUCCCCGAGCUCGAUGACUCAAUGGUUGGAAUGAGUGGUGGCGAGAUCUUCCACGAGAUGAUGCUGCGCCAGGGUGUGAAGCACAUCUUCGGUUACCCCGGUGGUGCCAUUCUCCCCGUUUUCGAUGCUAUUUACAACUCCAAGCACUUCGAAUUCCUCCUUCCCAAGCAUGAACAGGGUGCUGGUCACAUGGCGGAGGGUUAUGCCCGUGCCUCUGGCAAGCCCGGUGUCGUUCUCGUUACUUCUGGCCCUGGUGCCACCAACGUUAUCACUCCCAUGCAGGAUGCUAUGUCUGAUGGUACCCCGAUGGUUGUUUUCUGUGGUCAAGUUCCUACCAGCGCAAUUGGAACCGAUUCCUUCCAGGAAGCCGAUGUCAUUGGUAUCUCCCGUGCCUGCACCAAGUGGAACGUGAUGGUCAAGUCCGUUGGUGAGCUCCCUCGCCGCAUCCAGGAAGCUUUCGAGAUCGCCACGAGUGGUCGUCCCGGUCCCGUCCUGGUUGACCUGCCCAAGGAUGUCACUGCUGGCAUUCUCCGCAACCCCAUUCCCAUGCACAGCACUAUCCCCUCGCUCCCUAGCGCAGCUACCGUUGUAGCCCGCGAAAUGAGCCAGAAGAAGCUCGAGAGCACCAUCACCCGCGUUGCUAACCUCGUCAACAUUGCCAAGAAGCCCAUCCUCUACGUCGGACAGGGUCUCCUUGCUCGCCCCGAUGGCCCCAAGAUCCUUAAGGAGUUUGCCGAUAAGGCAUGCAUCCCGGUCACCACCACCCUGCAGGGUCUUGGUGGAUUUGACGAGUUGGAUCCUAAGGCUCUCCACAUGCUUGGUAUGCACGGAUCCGCUUACGCCAACAUGGCUAUGCAGGAGGCCGAUCUGAUCAUUGCUGUUGGUGCCCGUUUCGAUGACCGUGUGACCCUCAGCAUCCCCAAGUUCGCGCCUCAGGCCAAGCUUGCCGCUACUGAAGGUCGCGGUGGUAUCGUGCACUUCGAGAUCAUGCCCAAGAACAUCAACAAGGUUGUCCAGGCCAACGAGGCCGUGGAGGGCGACUGUGCCGACAAUCUCCGUCUUCUUUUGCCGCAUGUUACGGCUGUUCCUGAGCGCCCCGAAUGGUUCGAGCAGAUAAAUGACUGGAAGCAGCGCUUCCCCCUGUCGCUCUACGACCGCCAGACCGCCGACGGUCCUAUUAAGCCCCAGGCUGUUAUCGAGAAGCUUAGCGAACUCUGCGCUGACCGCAAGGACAAGACCAUCAUCACCACUGGUGUCGGACAGCACCAGAUGUGGACUGCUCAGCACUUCCGCUGGCGUCACCCUCGUACCAUGAUCACCUCCGGUGGUCUCGGUACUAUGGGCUUCGGUCUCCCCGCCGCUCUUGGAGCCAAGGUGGCCCGUCCGGACUGCCUCGUCAUCGACAUCGAUGGUGACGCUUCUUUCAACAUGACUCUCACUGAGCUUUCCACCGCUGCUCAGUUCAACAUUGGUGUCAAGGUCCUCCUGAUUAACAAUGAGGAGCAGGGUAUGGUUACUCAAUGGCAAAACCUCUUCUACGAGGAUCGUUACUCCCACACUCACCAGCAGAACCCCGACUUCGUUCCCCUUGCUAAGGCUAUGCGCGUCGCUGCCGACCGCUGCUUCAAGCCCUCCGAACUUGAGGAGAAGCUGCAGUGGCUGAUUGACCACGAUGGCCCUGCCCUCCUGGAGGUCAUCACUGACCGCAAGGUGCCCGUUCUUCCCAUGGUGCCUUCUGGCCGUGGUUUGCACGAGUUCUUGGUCUACGAUGAAGCCAAGGAUUUGGAGCGCAAGGAGCUGAUGCGCCAGCGUAAUGUGGACUACCAUGUCCGGACAGAGUAG